CUCUCUGUCUCUGUCUCUCUGUCUUUCUUUUAGCAAUUUGCAAAUACAAUAUGAAGUAGAAUAGUACUUUUCUUGCAUCUACAGUAAACUGUAAACGUGAAAGGUUUAAAAUCCUCAGAUUCCCGAAAAUCCCUAUCAAAAGCAAACCCCACCACCAUUUCUCAAUCUCAUCUUUCUCACGUCUUCUCCAUCAAAAACAAAACCCUUUUGGUAAUUCUAUAAACCCAAAAAACCACACACCAAAACUAAUAUCUACCUUAAACAAAAACAAAAACAAAAACAAAAAAAAAAAAAAAAACAAAAAAAAAAACACGUAAAAAAUUGUAUAACAUAAGACCAGAAAGUUCGAGGUUUUAGGUUCAGAUCUUGUUUGAUUUUUUUUUUUCUUUUGGGUUUGUAAAAUUUAAGGUAAAUAACUGAAGGGUUUUUAUUCGGAGAAGACUUAAGGGUUUAGGUGGCGAUGUCUGCCGGGGUUUGCGGGAAACGGGUCGGGUUCGAAGAAAUUUUCGGACCUUCAUCUCCGACGUCGUGCUCUUCUGCUAAGAGACCCAGGUCGUCCAGUUUCGGAUCCGGAUCCGAUGACUCUGUAUCUGUUUUGCUCCAAAUGUUCCCCGACUUGGAUCCACAGUUGGUGGAAAGAAUUUGUAGGAAUCACAAUAAUAAGAUUGAAGAUGCUGUUGUGAGUCUACGAGCAAUUUGUUUUGCUGAUGUUAAUGCAAGAAAUAGAUCACAAAGCUCUGAUUGCACAAAUAUCACAAAUUGUGGUGAUGUUCCUAGUCAAAGCUCCGCGACAUGCAGUCAAAUGCCGGAGCAGAGAGUUGAAGAUGUAAAGGACAUGAGAACAACUGUUGACUAUGGAAAUACAAUGGAUGGGUCUAAGUGGGUCGAUUUGUUUGUGCAUGAAAUGAUGAAUGCGACAGACAUUGAUGAUGCUAGGGGACGUGCUACAAGGAUUCUGGAGGCUUUUGAACAAAGUAUAACUGCCCCAUCAAGGGCAUCAGAGGAGCUGGAGCAUGCAUCUCUAAAGGAGCAUCUGCAGAGCUUGUUAAAUGAUAACCAGAUUUUAAAGAGAGCGGUUGCCAUCCAGCAUGAACGCAAUUUGGAGCAAGAAGAGAGGAUAAAGGGGGUUGAACAGCUAAAACAUCUGUUAAGCCAAUAUCAAGAACAAAUUCGAAGUUUAGAGCUCACAAACUACAGCUUGAAGCUCCAUCUGCAGAGGGCACAAGAAAGUAGCUCAAUUCCUGGGCGAUUUCAUCCUGACCUAUAUUAAGGUUCUUUGGUGUUCCAUCACUUAAUGUAAUGUUUCCUAAUACGUGAUUUAGAUUAUCUAUUUAUAUCACACAGGGGUAAUGACGAUUGUUAAGAUUUACACAGUAUUGUACUGAGUUUAACCAUUACCUGAAUCCAAGCUAAGUACACUUUGGCAGUUUGUGUGGAA